AUGGAGGAUGAUUCGGGAUAUUGGAAACAGAAUUUGUAUUUGUUGCAAGAAGCUGCACCUCGUCCAUUCGCUGUAAAAUGUUGUAGUCUCCUAGAAUCAAAGCCACCGCAGUAUGGAAUGGAAUUUCAUGGUUUAAUAGAAAGAGAAUUUGCUGAGCAAAUGUUACGUGAAGCUGGUGAUGGCGCAUAUCUCGUUCGAGCGUCACGUCGUUCACAAGGAGCCGCAACUUUAUGUAUGGUAUUUGAUAGACAUGUUCUCAAUUAUAAACUUUAUUAUGAUGGAACGCAUUAUGUUGGAGAGAAACGGUUUGAAACAUUAGAAGAUUUAGUUGCGGAUGGGCUUAUUACGAUGCACAUGGAGAAAUAUGCCAAUGACUAUAUACAGCGCAUGGCUGAUGAAGCAAUAUAUGAACAGAGUCCAUAUUCACAAUAUCAGAAAGCAACUGAUGUUCGUAAAGUGCCGAUUGCUAGGUGUCAUAAUUUUUCCCCAGCCACAUUUCGUAUGCCGCAUUAUUGCGAUUACUGCCGAAAUUUCAUGUGGGGCCUCGUUCAACAGGGUGUAAAAUGUGAAGACUGCGGUUUUUGUGCCCAUAAAAAAUGCAGUGAGCGAACUCUUCAUGAUUGUCGCCCUGAGGCAAAAUAUAUAAAACGCAUGUUUGCUGUUGAUAUUAGUACACUUUGUAUGGCACAUUCAGUAACAAUUCCACCUGUUGUUUCUGCUUGUAUUUUUGAAGUGGAACGGCGUGGGAUUCGCAUUGAAGGAAUUUAUCGUGUAUCAGGAUCUCACGAACAAAUGGAAAGGUUAAGACGGCAGUUUGAUACUCUUCAUAAGGUUGACUUGUCGUCUGUAGAAGAUAUUCAUACGGUGGCUGGAUUGUUAAAGCUUUAUCUGCGAUUGUUACCUCAACAACUAGUUCCUUUUUCUGUUUAUCGGUUAUUGCUUGGUGCUUUUUCUAAUAGCCGUACUUUUCACGAACGACAAAAAGCUUGCAGAAAAGCUUUAAUGGAAUUAAACGAUGCAAAUGGACGUACAUUAUUCGCGUUAUUAAUACAUAUUCAAAAAAUAUCCGAUUAUAGUGCAGAAAAUAAGAUGAGUAUUGAAAAUUUGGCGACAAUAUUCUCACCGACUGUCUUUUGUACGGGUGCUGUACCUGCACUUCCUCAACAGCAACAUCAUCUAUUACAUUUUCUCAUUCAAAAUCCACGGGUUGUCCCAUUUUCUUGUUGA